CAAGCUGCAGUUUGGAAAACAUUAGUAAUUCCCAUGAACUGGCAGAACAAGGUAGAGUAGAUAUCAACUCCUUCCUGUUAUGAUUAAUGACAUUAUUGAUGUCAUUGUUAUUGAUGUAAAAAAACAUAGUACUUAUUUGGUUUAUUACCUUUUAUCUGGUCAGUUCUGGCUGUGUUGCCGUUGAUAUUUGGGUGCCAGAAUUCAACUAUUUUGGUCAUCAUGUCCUGCAAACCACACACAACCAGGACUGAGGUAGUCGACAAACGUAUAUGGUCGGAACUUUUCCAAUUAACUGCUGAGUACAAGGCAGUGAACCUAGGCCAAGGGUUCCCAGACUUACCUCCUGCCAGCUUUGUUCAGGAGGCUCUCUUCAAUGCUGUCAACGGAGGCUUUCAUAUGCACCAGUACACACGCAGUCUUGGCCAUCCACCUCUUGUCAAGAUCCUUGCCAAGUUCUUUGGGAGGGUUUUGGGCCAGGAAAUUGAUCCCAUGAAGGACAUCCUAGUUACCAUGGGAGCCUAUCAGGCGGUUUUUUGUGCAGUUCAAGCUCUGGUUUAUGAGGGCGAUGAAGUGAUCAUUGUGGAGCCUUCCUAUCAUUGCUAUGAACCCAUGACAUUAAUGGCAGGAGGAAAAGUCGUCCAUGUGCCCCUCAAACCUGUCUUCCAGAGGGAAGAGUUACAGAUGAUAGCUGACCUGUGUAUAAAGCAUGAUGUUAUUUGUAUCAGUGAUGAGGUAUAUGAAUGGCUUACAUAUGAUGGAGCACAACAUAUUAAAAUAGCGACUCUUCCGGGGAUGUGGGAGCGCACUGUCACCAUUGGGACUGCAGGCAAGAGCUUUGGCGUCACUGGAUGGAAGGUGGGUUGGGCAAUAGGGCCAGGACACAUCUUGGAACACCUGCAAAAAAUCCAUCAGAAGUCUAUAUGCCACUGUCCCACUCCUACUCAGGAGGCUGUAGCUGUGUGUUUUCAGAUGGAAUAUGACACAUUUGGUACAGAAGAAAGCUACUUCAGACAGCUACGCACGCAGCUCCAGGCCAAAAGGCUCAGACUAGCCGAGUGCCUGAGGAGCGUUGGGCUGCAACCUUUUGUACCUGACGGUGGCUACUUCAUCAUUACGGACAUCUCCAACCUGAAGGUUGAUCUGAAUGACCCAAGUACUAAGGACGAACCUUAUGACUACAGAUUUACUAAAUGGCUUAUCAAAGAGAAGGGUUUGAGCACUAUCCCUGUAUCUGGAUUUUGCAGCCCAGAACACAGAGAAGACUUCCAGAAGUACAUUCGACUCUGCUUCGUAAAGGACGACUCAACCCUGGAAGCAGCUGAAGAUAUUCUGAGAAAGUGGAAGGAUGAAAAAAUACAGGAUAGUGAUUCUGUCUGAGAUGAGCUUUGCAAAGUGGAUCUAUGUCAAACUGCAAUAUAAUGCUUGUUAAGUAGCAAGUAGAAGAAUCGUGUUUUAUUGUAACCAGGUAAAAAGAGUUCAAAUCAAGGAAAGCUCAUGCUAAUAAACCAGAGUUGGUUAUGGGUAGUCUCAUGGCAUGUAUAUCAAUCUGGUCACUCAACAAUUUUAGCUGGAUAACCAGGGUUCAGAGGUGUUGGGUAAAGGUGAUAUCAGAGAUCUACACGGUCCCAACUGAUAUACUAUACAUCAGUAAUUCCCUUCAUUCUCACCAAGCUGACAAACAUUCUGAAUGACAAAGAAUA